CUUACUUGUUUCUACCUCACGUCCCUACUUCCUUUGCUGAUAGAAAGGCAAGAGUGGCUCAAAAUUUGGGUAUGAGACUCUUAAAAGAGGCUUCUCCCCGUCCUUCCUUGUUAUCAGUCCCUUCUGAACCCUGGUCCUUCAUAGCAGGAGAUAAAGGCCGGGGGGCGCGGGCAGCCCGGGCAGCGUGAGGGAGCCCGGGCCGAUUCCCCGCACCUACGUGGCUGAGACGGCUCCGCGCUGAACUUGGCGCCAGGUCAGGCAGCCUUGAGUUCUGCAAACUACUGAGCUCGCAGAUUAGGCGGAUGUAACAAUCACCUGAAAGGGGAGAUUAAAGCGCCUCUCAAGGAGGUCCUUUGUCCCCCGGCCUCAUUUGAUGCUUUGGGUCUUUUCAAGCCACGCCGGGGAAGGCGCUUUAAAUGUUUGCCCCGGCGGUCGGGGCGGCUGUAGUGAGGGCGGGCAGGGCUGGGGACAUGGAGAAGGGCCCCUUCUCGGUGGAGUGGCUGGCCCAGAGCAGCCGCGGCGGAGCCCGGGAGAUGCUCGGUGAGUCCCGGCCGUGCCCCUGGGUCCCCCGGGACGGCGGCGGGCGCGGAGCUUUCGGACACCGCCCGCGGGACUCGGGGCCGCAGAGGGAGGGAUCCCCCGAUGGGUGCCCCCUUCAGACGCCCCCAUCUGUCCCCGCAGGCUCGCCGCGGCCCCGGGAGGCGGCGGAGCGCCGCAGCCCCGGGAGCCCAGCGCUGCCGGCGGGCGCCGCGCCCGGGCGCUCCCGCACCAAGUUCUCGGCGGCGCAGCUGCAGGAGCUGGAGCGCAGCUUCCGCCAGCAGCGCUACAUCGGCGCCGGCGAGAAGCGCCGCUUGGCCGCCGCCCUGAACCUCUCCCAGAGCCAGAUAAAAACAUGGUUUCAGAAUCGUCGUAUGAAGUUCAAACGCCAGACUCAAGAUGCCAGGAUCGAAGCUCUUUUCUCGGGCUUGUUUUUGCCCUGUCAUUGUCACCCAGACACGGCUACAUCCAGCUAUCCUCGUGGGGUGGAUAUCAAUGUCUCUGCUACCUCUGCUGUCUCCCUUCACCCAGCUAUGCCAAACCCUGCCUUGUUGUUGCCUUCUGUUCCAGCUCAGUCUCUUCAGCCAGUUUUGCCAAGUCCUGCUUUCCUAUUGCCUGCCGGGCCAGGAUUAUCUUGUUACUCUUCUGGGCUUCCAGCAGUGCCUCUAGCCACCGAACAUAAAGGACUGAUGUUCCAACCAGACCUUCCUUCCUGUUAA